GCCCACAAGGUCUCUACAGGAGGCUGGGCCUGCCAGGCCCACAGUGGUCCUGCACGGGGCCAUGCCCCCCUCCCUCUCUUUCUUCUGCCCAUCCCCACAAGGGCUAGCUGGGUCAGCUGCAGUCUCCAGAGAAAGUCGGGGCCCAAGGAAGAGGCAGGAGGAACACUCACACUUCCUCGGAGGAUAAGACUCUCGUCCCGUUAACCAUUACCCCAUCGCUUCCACGACUGCGUCUUCAAGGAGGCGGGACUUAAGGGGGACAGGUGGGAGGGUCAGCUGGUUGCGAUGGACCUUGUCCCUACUCUGAGGAUUGGGUUGCUGAUCCAACCAUGGAAGCAGCUACAGAUCUUCAGGACACAGCCUCGUUAAUUCUGAAGUUCAAGUUCAACCCAAAGCUGGGCGUUGACAAUCCGGUCCUCUCCCUGGCUGAAGACAACUCCUCUGAUUCUCUGAGCUCGCACCGGCCUCGCUUCUGUUUGCUGAGCAAAGAGGAGGGCAGAAGUUUUGGCUUCCACCUGCGGCAGGAGCUGGGCAGGACCAGGCACGUGGUGUGCAGGGUGGAGCCAGGCACCACAGCCCAGCGCCAGGGUCUCCAGGAAGGGGACCAGAUCCUGGGUGUGAACAGCAAGGUCGUGGAGCAUGAGGACUAUGUGACGGUGGUGCGUCACAUCCGGGCCAGCGGCCCUCGGGUGCUGCUGACCGUUUUGGCGCGGCACGUGCACGAUAUGGCCCGAGCGCAAGUGGGGAGCGGGGCCCGCCUCUGCCCUAGCCUAGGCCCUGAGGUCCGGCCCCGGCUGUGCCACAUAGUGAAAGAUGACGGUGGCUUUGGCUUCAGUGUCACCCACGGAAACCAGGGUCAUUUCUGGUUGGUGCUAAGUGCUGAAGGGGCGGCUGAGCGUGCAGGGGUGCCCCCUGGGGCCCGACUGCUAGAAGUGAAUGGAGUCGGUGUGGACAAGUUCACUCAUAACCAACUCAGUAAGAAGCUUCACCAGAGUGGAAAGCAGGUGACCCUGCUGGUGGCAGGGCCAGAGGUGGAGGAACGGUGUCACCAGCUGGGAAUGCCCCUGGCUGCACCCCUGGCAGAAGGCUGGGCGCUGCCCACCAAGCCCCGCUGUCUACACCUGAAGAAAGGGCCCCGGGGCUUCGGGUUCCUGCUCCGGGAGGAGAAAGGUCUUGGAGGUCGCCUCGGGCAGUUCCUGUGGGAUGUCGACCCAGGGUUGCCUGCCGAGAAGGCCGGGAUGCGAGCCGGGGACCGGCUGGGGGGCGGGCCCGUUGCAGGGGAGAGUGUGGAGGGGCUGGGCCAUGAAGAGACGGUGUCCAGGAUCCGAGCGCAGGGCACCUGUGUCUCCCUCGUUGUCGUAGACCCUGAGGCUGACCGCUUCUUUAACAUGGUUCGCCUGUCCCCACUCCUCUUCUUAGAGAGCACAGAGGCUGCCACCCCUCCCCAGGACACAUGUCCAACCUCUCCGGUGGAGACCGAGGAGCCACCAGGUGAAGAUACAGCUGCCCUCGGCUCUCGUCAGUGCUCCCUGUACCCCGGGCCCGGUGGUGGCUAUGGCUUCCGACUCAGCUGCGUGGCCAGUGGGCCUCACCCCUACAUCUCCCAGGUGACUCCGGGGGCCUCAGCUGCCCGGGCGGGACUGCAAGUGGGAGACGUGAUUCUGGAGGUGAAUGGGUGUCCCACAGGAGGAGAGGGUGCCGCAGAAAGGCUUCAGCAGCUGGCUGAGGCCGAGCCCCCCCUCCGCCUGAAGCUGGCAGCUCGGCCUCCGCAGGGCGUGGAUGCUUGGAUCCCUCCAGGGUCUGAACAGGUGAGGACAAAGAGCAGGCCGGCCAGGGAGGAGGACUGCAGUGUGGGCUGCGCAAGGUGGGACUUUAGGUCGAGGUGGGUGGAAACACAGGACCCACAGAACCAGUCCCAUCCCUAGAAAUCCAGAGCAGGCGAGCAGGGGAAGGAAAUGCAUCUGGUCCUGGAAUGACCUCUCUCCUUUCUC